AUGGCGAUCGCAAUGGGCUCCCUCUUCACGGGUUCUGUGACGGUUAUCUCAUCCUUUGUUGGAAGAGAUCUCGAGAUGUCAACUGCCGAGAUUACCUGGAUCUCUUCUGCAGCGACGCUGAGCAGUGGCGCUUUCUUACUGUUCUUUGGCAGGAUAGCGGAUCUCUUUGGCCGCAAAAUGCUGUUCGUUGGAUCAAUGUUCCUAUACUCGGUAUUCGCAAUGGCGGCUGGCUUUGCCAAAACUCCCAUCACUCUGGACAUCCUCUCCGGCGUACUGGGUCUGAUGGCAGCUGCUGCUGUACCUCCAGCGUCUGGCAUACUGGGUGCUGCGUACGAGAAGCCGAGCAAGAGAAAGAACGCUGCCUUUGCUUGUUUCUCGGCUGGUAAUCCCUUGGGCUACGUGUUUGGGACCAUCUUUGGCGGUAUCGCCGCCUACAUAUUCAACUGGCGUGCUACGUUCUGGCUGAUUGCCCUCAUCUUUCUCGCGUUCACAAUUAUUGGCAUCUUCACGAUCCCGAAGGACUGGACUGAUAAGGAACCUCUCACUUGGCUGACAAUCAAGCGAUUCGACAUUGUGGGCACUGUACUUACCGUCAGUGGGAUCGGGAUGUUCAGCGCGGCAAUCAGUCUCGGAGAUACUGCACCGCAGGGCUGGGGAACUGACUAUGUCAUUGCACUCCUGAUCGUGGGUCUGUUCCUUAUGGUCGCCUUCGUAUUCUGGGAGCUAAGGUUCAAAUACCCUCUGGUGCCGAUGAACAUCUGGAAGGACCGCGACUUUUCUCUCCUGCUCUCGAUCUUGAUGCUGGGCUUCAUGUCUUUCACUCCCGCGAGCUUCUUCAUCGCGCUCUACUUCCAGGAAGUCUGGAACAUGUCGGCUCUUGCUGUCGGCGUCCAUUUGCUGCCCAUGGCCAUCUCUGGCAUCAUCGCAAACAUUGUCGCAGGAUUGGUCUUGCACCGGGUCUCGAACAAGCUGCUGAUGCUUAUUGGCACUUUGGCGUAUUUCAUCGCCUUCAUACUGCUCGCGCUCAACCGCCACUCAAGCUCUUACUGGGCUUUCUGCUUCCCGGCCUUCUGCAUCAUGGUCAUUGGCGCCGACUUCGAGUUCAACGUGGCAAACAUGUACGUAAUGAGUUCGAUGCCACCGUCGCGUCAGAGCGUGGCGAGCGGGAUCUUCCAAACAGUGACCAAGCUGUGCAUGACCCUGGGCUUCGGUGUUGCCACAGCGAUCUAUAACUCCGUCGGCAAGAAUCCACAGCUAGCUUCGUACUGGGAUAAGCGCACGCAGCCGUACACGGCGACUUUCUGGUUCGCUGUGGCGUGUUCCGGGCUGGCCGUGUGCCUGGUGCCGUUCCUGACAAUAGGGACACAAGGCGGGAAAGCGAAGGCUUCGGUGCCGAGUAGUGCAUCACCUUCGAUCCAGGAACCAGUCCAGAAGGAUGGCAAAGAAGCGAUAGCGGAUGGUGCAGACCCUUAA